AGCUCGCUGUUGCUCUUCUCUAGAGCGCGCGAUCGAAGGCUACAUGCAGUACACUCUAGCUAGCUCUAGCCUGGCGUGAUCUUCCGAGCUCGGUGAUCUGCAGGUUCUUGCAACCUCCUGUUGUAGAUCUACCAUUGGACUUUAGCAAAUAUCUCCAUUUUGGCGCGGACUACUAGUGUCUGGUGUCGGAAAAGCAAUAUAAUGAGCCACAGUUGCGGCAGCUAUGUGCUAUACUCAGCACUAUAGCACUGUGAGUACACCAGCUGGAUGGAUGAAGGUUGCUCUAAAGCAGACUAAUUUAUCGUUACGAAGUUUGAGAUUUCAAACUGGGCACGUGUUCCCCAUACAGGGCCAUUCACCUCUCGAAAAAGAAGUACUGUACUUCAAUAUACUCCUCAGUGAAUCAGAGAAGCCCCAACAAUCGCUAAGCCAUCCCUUUGAUGUUACGUUUUACACUCUGGUCCCUGAAGACAUGCAACCCACAGUGACACUGUGCAUCGAUGCCUGCCCAAAUAAAAUAACAAGUAACUACAAGUACGGCGACCCUCCAAAUAUGCGACACCCAGGAGCUUCUACAUUGGAGAAUUCAGCAUUAAAUUUAGUGAAUGUAAUCUUGUUGAAGAUAAUAAUGAGACAUCGGAAGUGAUGUCGUCCCUUUGAGCAAAAUCCUGGCUUUCUUCACUGGCCAUGGGGCAGAGUUGUCGCCUGUCUGCCCAAAAGGAAUGUUCCCCACAUCAUCAACCUGUGCACUCCACCUUACACUACCAACACAGUACCACAACCAGCCAGCUCUUUUCAAAGAAAAAAUGCUGUAUGGCCUCAAGAACCAUGGAGGUUUUGGGAAGCGCUAAGUGUUGCUCACUCUGUAAACACACUCUCAUUUAUGCCAGAACAUGUUUUCUGUAUUGAACCUCUUUGGACCAUGUUUUCAUAAACGUGUUAUCAUGUAAUUUGCGUCACUUAU